AUGGAGACCAUGAUGUUUGAGUGCUACUACGACUUUUGCCACAAGCUUUACAAAACAAAAUUCAACCUGAGAAGGCACAUUAAUUCUUCUCACCUGAAGAUUAAGUCCUACACGUGUGACCAGUGCCAAAAGCUCUUUGUGAGCAAGCAGAACUUGAAGGAGCAUGCCUUAAUCCACACUGGGGAAAAACCCUUCCCAUGUGACGAGCCAGGGUGUGGGAAAAAAUUCAGGCAGGCUUCACAACUUUCUGUCCACAAAAAGAUUCACAGCCGACAUAGAAUUUCCAGAAAACGACUGCAAGAAAUUUCGCCUUUGCUCUUAACCGGUCUAGAAAUUCCAGCAAAUUGGGAUUAUGAAUUCGAGGAAAAUGAAGGAAAUCAUGAAGAAAUUAGCAUCCCGAAGGUAAAUUCGUGCCGAAUUCUGGAAAACCCGAAGUUACCAGUCCUGCCAAUCAUGUUAAAUCAUAUAAAAAUAAUUUAG